AGAAUGCGUGAACUGAACAGAAAUUGACCAACAAAAAAAAAAAUCUGUAAGAGACAGAGAAACAGUAGGGGAGUGAGGAAGAAGAAGAGGAGGAAGGAUUUCGAAUUACCAUGGCUGCGACAUGGAACUUGUUAGAAACAUUAGGGGAUCUGGAGAGGGAUUCGUUCGUGUCCCUUCUGUCAAAGCUGAUUGGGGAAUCGAAACACGUGCAGAACAACCCGCCGGAGCUUAUUCCUGAAGAGGACAGGGUGGUGAAGCACGUGGUGGACUCUCUCUUACCCUUCAGCACCACCACCGGCGGCGGUCCCUUGCUCCUCAACCAUGUCACCUAUUUCCCCGGCAGAGGCAACCUCAUCGUCGAGUACCCUGGAACCGUUCCCGGCAAAAUCCUCUCCUUCGUCGGCUGCCACAUGGAUGUCGUCACUGCCAAUCCCAAUGAUUGGGAUUUUGAUCCGUUUACCUUGAGCAUCGAUGCGGAUAAGCUUCGAGGUCGUGGAACUACUGAUUGUUUGGGACACGUGGCUCUUGUCACGCAACUCAUGAGGAAGCUUGGCGAAACCAAGCCAAUUUUGAAAUCAACUGUUGUUGCUGUUUUCAUAGCCAAUGAAGAGAAUUCUGCAAUAACUGGUGUUGGUGUGGAUGCACUUGUCAAAGAUGGCUUACUCAACAAGCUCAAGGGUGGCCCGCUGUUUUGGAUCGACACUGCAGAUAAACAACCUUGCGUUGGCACUGGUGGUAUGAUACCUUGGAAGCUUCAUGUCACGGGGAAGCUCUUUCACAGUGGACUAGCUCAUAAAGCUAUAAAUCCACUGGAGCUAGCCAUGGAUGCUCUAAAGGAAAUCCAGUUACGAUUUUACCAAGACUUCCCACCUCAUCCCCAAGAACAGGUUUAUGGGUUUGCAACCCCUUCAACCAUGAAACCAACCCAGUGGAGUUAUCCAGGAGGCGGAAUCAACCAAAUUCCAGGGGAAUGUACUGUUUCAGGAGAUGUCAGGUUAACUCCAUUCUACAAUGUGAAGGAUGUAAUGAAGAAGCUGCAAGAAUAUGUGGACGACAUUAAUGAGAAUAUACAGAAGUUAGAAACAAGGGGUCCAGUUUCCAAAUAUGUCCUACCUGAUGAAAACUUAAGAGGAAGCCUUACUCUAACUUUUGAUGAGGCAAUGUCUGGAGUUGCUUGUGAUCUUAAUUCUAGAGGUUUCCAUGUAUUAUGCGAAGCAACUGAAGAAGUAGUUGGGCAUGUAAAACCUUACUCAAUUACUGGGAGUCUGCCUCUCAUCCGGGAACUGCAGGAGGAAGGUUUUGAUGUUCAAACUUCUGGCUAUGGCCUAAUGGCAACUUACCAUGCCAAGAAUGAGUACUGCCUUUUUACAGAUAUGUCCCAAGGAUAUCGGGUGUUUGCGAGCAUUAUCUCUAAAUUGGAAGAUUGAGAAUUGCAGAGGACCAAAUAAUACUGGAAUCUCGUGGGUUACAGAAGAUAUUAUUGUUGAUAUCAAUACAAUUGAAGUAUUAGAUUGUAUAGAGGAAUAGUUUGGUGGACUUUUCUUCAACGUGAUGGACAAAGCUGCCUUUUUAUUAGCCAUAAAUUUCUCAAGCGAAACACCCUUCUAAGCCAAUGAAAAUUCACAGUCCUUUCACUUUUAGGUGGCGUUGGGUAUAAGAAAUAAUUCAUUCAUCCUUUUAGCUUUUUCUCUUUUAACCAAUGUUUCGUAAAGGAAAUCUUUUAUUCUUAACUAAGGAUCAUUUUAAGUAAACUUCUGAAGAAGUCUUU